AGUGAGCUCAUUCUCAGAUCUACUAUCCCUGAAGGGGGAUCGAGACGACAAAACUGUUUCGUUGAUGUCCGAGAAAAAAACCUAAACCCCAAAAGAAAAUUGCGAGGAGAGGAAAAUGAAUGGUGUUUCUCGUCAUCUUCGAGCUUCUUCACUUCCUUCGUUGAUCCGCAGCUAUGGUGGAAUCAAGUCAGUCUGUCGAUUUUCUUGUCAAUCAGAUGGCUCCUCUGGUGGGAGAUUCGGAGAGCAAGGACGAGUUCCUGGAGACUCUGAGAACAAAUCUGGCUUACCGGAUCCUAAUGCUUCCCCCUCCAAAAGUUUCAGUGAAAUAAAAGCAGGCUUACUGAACACCGGAGGAAACGGUGCCUCCACCUUCAGUGAAAUGAGAUCAGGUUUGUUAAACAAGAUAGGAGACGGUGGCUACUCUGCUCCUAAUGCUCCUCCUACCUUCAGAAAUCCUCUGAGAUCACGCUUACCAAACACCUUACCUUCUCAAUCCGGUCAGAUGAAUCAAGAAGGCUUACCAAACACUGGAGGAACCGGAUUCUCUGCACCCAGCUACCAAAGCUUCACUCAGUCUAACCUUCUCAAGGACAACUUCCGCACCGGUGGGAUCUCAAAAGACCUGGACUUUGUUAGAGGAGUAAUAGAGGACGAUGAAGGACGUAGAGCCACAGGGCUCUUCUCUCAUUUCCAUCGUCCAAACCUCGAGACCAACGCUGACAUCAUUCACAUCAAGCUGCUGCGGAACAACACUUUUGUCACGGUUACUGACUCCAAGGGGAACGUCAAAUGCAAGGCUACGUCUGGUAGUUUGCCUGAUCUGAAAGGCGGACGGAAGAUGACGAGUUACACGGCUGAUGCGACCGCUGAGAACAUUGGGAGGAGAGUUAAGGCUAUGGGUCUGAAGUCUGUGGUGGUUAAGGUGAAUGGGUUUACUCAUUUCAAGAAGAAGAGAAACGCUAUUGUGGCGUUCAGAAGCGGUUACUCUAAUUCAAGGAAUGAUCAGAAUCCUAUAGUGUACAUCGAGGACACUACUAGGAAAGCUCAUAAUGGUUGCAGAUUGCCAAGGAAACGUCGGGUGUGAGGAAAAAGGAAACAUGUUUGCAGAUUUGCUUUUGUUGUUCUUUUAUGGUCACUAGAGAAACCAUUUCUUUUUGCAAAUUGUCUCUUUCUUUGGUUGUUACUUUAAAAUCCUGAUGAAAGUUGGGGUUGAAUCAUAUCGAUUGCUUAAUAAACCGGAAAUUCUAAAACCGGAUCCGCA